AUGACGACCAUGGAUUUGCGGGUCGGUAACAAGUACCGUAUUGGUCGCAAGAUUGGAAGCGGUAGUUUUGGUGACAUCUACUUGGGCACCAACAUCAUCUCUGGAGAAGAGAUCGCUAUUAAGCUGGAGAGCGUCAAGGCCAAGCACCCCCAGCUCGAAUAUGAAGCCCGUGUCUACAAGUCCCUAGCCGGCGGUGUGGGCAUCCCCUUCGUGCGCUGGUUCGGCACCGAAUGUGACUACAAUGCCAUGGUCAUCGACCUUCUCGGCCCCAGUCUGGAAGACCUGUUCAACUUCUGCAACCGAAAGUUCUCCCUCAAGACCGUCCUGCUCCUGGCCGACCAGCUGAUCUCCCGCAUCGAAUACAUCCACGCCAAGUCGUUCAUCCACCGAGACAUCAAGCCCGACAACUUCCUCAUGGGCAUUGGCAAGCGUGGAAACCAGGUGAACGUCAUUGACUUUGGUCUGGCCAAGAAGUACCGUGACCCCAAGACUCACUUCCACAUCCCCUACCGUGAGAACAAGAACUUGACUGGCACUGCCCGUUAUGCCAGUAUCAACACCCAUCUCGGCGUUGAGCAGUCUCGCCGCGACGACAUGGAGUCUCUGGGCUAUGUCAUGCUCUACUUUUGCCGUGGUUCCCUUCCCUGGCAAGGUCUCAAAGCCGCUACCAAGAAGCAAAAGUACGACCGCAUCAUGGAGAAGAAGAUGACGACCCCCACCGAGGUUUUGUGCCGCGGUUUCCCGAAUGAGUUUGCCAUUUACUUGAACUACACUCGCUCUCUACGUUUCGACGACAAGCCGGACUACUCCUAUCUGCGCAAGAUUUUCCGCGACCUCUUUGUCCGCGAGUCGUUCCAGUACGACUAUGUCUUCGACUGGACCGUCUACAAAUACCAGAAAAACGCUGCCAUGAUCGUCGACGCCGCCAACCCCAAGAAGGACAAGGAUGCCGAAGACCAACAGCGCCGAGCACCGGCUCCCGCUGCUCUGCCCAACCAGGCCGCUGCCCCCAAACCCGGCGCCAUUUCCAGCCAGCGCCGCAAAGUCAUGGAGCGUGGCGGUCUCGACACCCCCGAUACCAACCGAGCUGUUGGAGGAAGUGACAGGAUGCUUCGUUCUGCUUCAAAGGGUGUUGCUGCAGGUGCUUAUGGAUCUGCCGGUCACCGUUCGAAGCGGGACGAUGGUACUGGAGCCCAAUGGUAUUGA